ACAAAACGUUGAAACGCGACGCACGUACGGGAGCGUAAAAGGAACUAAAACACCGACAAACGAACGAACGAAAGAAGGGGAUCGUUCCAGCGGAGGGAUUCAGUACCUCGGACAGCGAACAUGGCUCCGAUGGUGGUAGAAGGGGCGCAGAUCGUGGCAGUCCCUGCUGGCGUGGCUCUGGUGAGCAUCUUCGGCCUGGUCUUCACCGUCUCCGCCUUCGCCUGGAUCUGCUGCCAGCGCAAGACCUCCAAGACCCACCAGAGCCCCCCGUACAAGUUCGUGCACAUGCUCAAGGGGGUGGACAUCUACCCGGAGAGCCUGACGCGGGGCAAGAAGACCGCCUCCUCCGCCCACGAGCCAGCCAAGACCGACGUCAACGGCAACACCCACGCCCCCUCCUGCCCCCACAGCCCCAAACAGGCCACCACCCCCGGAGGAACCGCCAGGCCCUCCAUGCACCUGGAGCUUGAGAAGAGGGACCUCAACGGGAACUUCACCACCAAACCCUUCCACCACCACCACCAGCAGAGGGCAGAGCAGAAGGUCCGGAGCUCCCCAGACCUGGAGCUGCCCUCUCCCCACGCAGGCUUCACUCAGCCUGGGGUGACAGAGCACAGGGAGCCGGCCUCUCCCUCCAGCACCACCUCCAGCCAGGCCCCCACACCCAUGCUGGACAAGGCCCCAGCAGAGGAGCGUGACAGCGGGCUGGGGACACUGCACUUCUCCCUGGAGUACCAGGCUGAGAAGAAGGCAUUCAUUGUCCACAUUAAGGAAGCCCAGGGCCUGACUCCCACAGAUGAGCACUCCCUGACCUCUGACCCCUACAUCAAGCUGACCCUGCUGCCGGAGAAGAAGCACCGCGUGAAGACCCGUGUGCUGAGGAAGACCCUGAGCCCGGCCUUUGAUGAGACAUUCAGCUUCUACGGUUUGACCCACACACGUGUCCAGCAGCUCAGCCUGCACUUUGUGGUCCUCAGCUUCGACCGCUUCUCUAGAGACGAGGUGAUCGGGGAGAGCCUGGUUCCUCUGACCGGCAUCGACCUGAGCCAAGGCAAGGUCCUCAUGAGCCGAGAGAUCAUCAAGAAGGACAGCAAGAAGACCUCAGGCCGAGGAGAGCUGCUCCUGUCCCUGUGUUACCAGUCCACCACCAACACCCUGAGUGUGGUGGUCCUGAAGGCGCGCCACCUGCCCCGCACCGACAACCGACCUACAGAGCCCUUCGUGAAGGUGAACAUGUUCCACGGAAAGAAGCGCAUCUGCAAGAAGAAGACCCACGUGAAGAAGAGCUCUCCAAACCCCGUCUUCAACGAGCUCUUUGUGUUUGAGCUGCCCUCGGAGCCGGAGCUCAGGGACAUCAGUGUGGAGCUGCUCCUGAUGGACUCAGACCCCGCAGCCCCUGCCCCAGUCCUGGGACGCCUGCUGCUCGGGACCACCUCCCCGGGGACCCCCGGCGAGCACUGGAGGGAGAUCUGUGAGCACCCGCGUCGCCAGAUUGCUAAGUGGCACGCCAUGAGCCAGGACUAG